AUGUCUCCCACUAUAAAUAUCACGACGAAGGAAAUGAGCGAUGUAUAUCUCGGUGGAUUGUCAACCACAAUAGCCAAGAUGCGUCGUAGUCUCAUGGUGAUAAGCGUAGCCUUGAUGGCGACUGUGUAUGUGGCAAUGGCUGAUGGAGGAUACGGAAGUCGCCGAGGUGGAGGUGGAGGAGGCCACAUCGGAAGUGGAGGUGGAAGAGGCCACAGCGGAGGUGGAGGUGGAGGAGGCCACAUCGGAGGUGGAUUCAGCGGGGGAAACGGAGGAAUCGGAGGCGGAGCUGGUGCAGUCGCUGGUGGAUUCGGGGGAAAUGGAGGCGCUGGAUUCAAUGGCGGCCACGGAUUUGGUGGAAAUGGAGGCGCUGUAGUUAGCGGCGGAAGCGGAUUUGGAGGAGCUCAUGGUGGAGCUGGAGGAGGAUUUGGAGGUGUAACUGGUGGCGCCGGCGGUUACAGCGCAGGUAAUGGUGGUUUUAGCGGUGGAAAUGGCGGUUUUGGCAGUGGAAAUGGCGGUUUUGGCAGUGGAAAUGGCGGUUUUGGCGGUGGAAAUAGCGGCUUUGUUGCAGGUAAUGGAGGUUUUGGCGGUGGCAACGGCGGAAUUGUUGGAAGCAGUGCUAGCUUUGGAGGUGUUGGCGGGGGUAAUGGAGGUAAUGGCCGUCGAAGCUAUGGAAGGAAGUAA